AUGCUGGAACCGGUUAAGGAUUUUCAGCAGGUGGUUGCCUUGAUGAGGUAUUUGUAUGAGCAGAAGUUUGUUAAUUCGGAUUUGUAUUAUGUGAAUGCCUCCAAUGGUUUUAAUGAGGUGUUUAGCUAUGAUGCUUAUCCGCAAUUUGAGGUCAUAAAUAAAACCCAUUUGGUGGGAGAUGUGCGUAAAUUCUAUUACAAGAUAAUCGACAAAACCGAUUUGAAAGGUUAUCGUUUUGCAACACCCCUAAUGCAGGAUCCUCCCAAAGUUAUACGUUAUAGGAAUAAAGAAGGCUUGAAACGAGUACAGGGUGUUACAUUUAACAUUAUGAAAAUGUCGUUGGCCUAUUUAAAUGGCACCUUAACAGAAACCCAAUCGCUGCUUAACUCUUCCUCAAUAGUGGACAUGAAAUAUGUUUUGCAGGAGGUGCGUGAGAAAAGGGUGGAGCUGGCGGCCCAUGCCUAUGCCUUGUUCCAUAACGAUGACCGAGUGCAGAAAAGCUAUCCCUUGCUGGUGGUCAAUUGGUGUAUAAUGGUGCCCAUUUUUAAUAAGGAAUUCACCAUGUUCUAUCCCCUGAUGCCGUUUCAUUGGAAAGUCUGGCUGAUUUUUAUAAUGGCUUUUGGUUUCAUUAAUAUCGUGAGUUUUGAGUUUCUAAAACUGCAUCACAUAGACAACACCAACUUUAUUUUAAUCAACUUUUGUAAAUUCAUUAACACCGCUCCUCCCCGGCCAACUCAAAAUCCCACCAAGCUGUGGUUUGAUAUGCUACUAAAUGGUUUCAUCUUUAUCCAGAGUUUCUUUUUGAGUGCCUUUUAUACCUCCACCCUGGGCAGUUUCCUAACGGUCACCCUUAUACGCAAACAAAUCAAUUCUAUGUCAGAGUUGCUGGCCGCCCAAUUACCCAUUAUGAUCAUAGACUAUGAGCUGGAAUUUUUGCUAGAAGCCCAAUUCAAUUUACCUUUAAAAUUUCUGCAAUUGAUAAGGCCCGUCAACUCCUCUACAUUCUAUCAACAUCAACUGACUUUGAACACCUCAUAUGGCUACUUUACCACCUACGACACCUGGCACUUCCUGAAUCUGCAGCAGCAACAUUUAAGGCCUCCCUUAUUUCGCUAUUCGGAUAUAUGUUUUGGUGAUUAUCAUUUGGCUUUUCCCAUGAUUACCGAGUCUCCCAUUUGGCGUGAUAUGGAGUAUUUAAUGUUUCGCAUUCAUUCGUCGGGUUUGUAUUUUUACCAUGAAAAGAAAUCAUUCGAGUAUGCGGUGCGUGCUGGCUUGGUGCGUUAUCGCAAUAAGAAAUCCAAUUUUCAGACAGUGGGCUUUAUACAUUUGAGAUUGGUAUUGGGUUUCUUGAUAUUCGGUUUGUUGCUGGCAUUUUUGAGAUUUCUAUAUGAGUUGUGGCAAAAGCGGAAAGAAAAGAGGAGUGAUGAGCAUCAGCAUAAUCUUAAAAAUAUUGAAUAUUGCUAUCUAAGAAAACUUUUGAAUAUUCCUUUGAUGUUUUUAAAUUUGUUUACUAAUAAAAAGUAA